GAGGGGACUUCUUCACGACGAAUUCGAACGUUUGCAUUGUACGCGAAUUCCGACGUCCCGAGCGUGUGAUUCUCAAAAAGGACGAUCCCUGUUGUCGGGAGACACGCCAGACAUCCUUUCAGUGAAGAACCGAUUCGAUCGCAUGUAGCUCACUCCAAACAGAGAAAUCAAAAUUGUCACGGAAAGCUACGAUGAGCACCAGCAGCAAUGCUUCCAGGAGAAGAGCACAAAAACAUCAGAAUACUUUCGCUUUCAAGACAGGUCUCUACGGCCUCACGCCUCAGCAAAAAGCAGUGCAGAAUCUCUCAAUAGAAGGCGUAUGUACGCGGUGCAAAGACGUCCUCGAAUGGAAGAUAAAAUAUGAUAAAUAUAAACCUUUGACUGUGCCGGCUCGAUGCACGAAAUGUGGCGAGAAAAAUAUUAAGAAAGCCUAUCAUAUGCUGUGCUCAGGAUGCGCCGGUAGCUCAGAUCUUUGUCCCAAGUGUGGGAAGGUUCCUCCGCUGAAACCUGAUGAAUCUGAGUGAUUCAGUUGGUUUCGAGAGUCGAAUUAAAGUGUCGUCCA